AAUCACCACGCCAAACGCUACAGCACUACAAAUUGGAGUUCUUCUUCGCAUGCCAGUAAUCCACACCAAAUCAUACCCCUGAAGAAAUUCGAAGCAUCGCUCAGUUAUGAUGCGCCUCCGAAAACCAUCCAUCGCAGUCCCGCAACGCAAAAAUCGCUAAAAGAUGAAGCAUGGGCUGAAACUCUUUUUGGACCUCAAGGAGUUCUGACGGCUAUAUUUCGUAUGAUCGACGAUCGUCAAAUGGGCCCUGAGCACGUUGCCAGCAAAGCGAGUCACCCAGCCAAUACAAUUCCCAAAGACACUCAACAACACGAUCUGCCGUUCUUCCUCGACUUGGACUUCUUCAAAAACGCGAAACGAAUUGAUUUUGCGAGGAUUUUCGAAGCAUUCCUGACAAAUUCUCAAGGCGAUUUCGGCGAUCCCAUCUCAGAAUUACCCGAAUUUCUCGGAAUAUGCAACCGACUGAGUUGUGGAGAUAUAUACAAAGCAAUUGAUCAGUUCAGGAAGAGCGAGUUCUUCACUAAUUUUCAGACAGCAAUGCAACUGAUUCAAGAUCCAAAAGGAUGGGAGAUAAUUGGUGAUCUGUUAUCCAAUCCCGAACUCAUCGCACAAUUCACCAGUGGCCCAGGUGGUAUCGAGAAACUUAUUGGUUCAGUCACUACAGCGGUUGGCAAUAAACCUAAGCCAGUCAAUGGUAGACGACCACCGACUGUUCAUUGCUGCAUUUCAUAUUAUUGCGCAUUUUCAAUUCUCUCGGAGAGCAUAAGGGAAAUAUUUCGGAAGGUUGAAAGUGGUGUUGAUGAAUUGGAAGAAACCUCCAGUGGAGUCGAGACUGUCGAAAUAGCACCAUUUCCCUCGAAAACAAAAAUUGAAAGUGUCGAAGUGAAGAAAGAAAAGCUGCCUGAAAUAUCAGAAUCGAUUGAUGAAAAAGGAGAGGUUUCAAUAAAAGUUGACGGCACCGAUUCAUUGGUCAUCGAUAAAAGUGGUUAUGUGGUCAACAAACCGCUAUCUUCAACGUAUGUUGCGCUCAUCCCCUCCUUUCACUUAUUUGAAUAG